CAGAGAGCAGCAGUGCAGGUGGGAGGAAGUGGACGCGCUCUCAGAGCAGAUAAAAGCCUCAGUUCUGGUUAAUCUUUAGCAGAACUGACCCGCAGGUCCACGAACACACCAGGAGCUCCUCAGACGCUCCUCCAACGCUCCUGCUCUGCGUGCUCCUGCUGGGAUCCUCUCCUGUGCUUUUGUGAUGGGACCAUUACUUGUGCUGGUGUCCAGUUUGCUGCUGGUUGUUGGUUCUGUUGGGGCCCAAACAGGUUUGCGGGCGAACGAGCGGCUGCUGCCUCAGUGGCUGACGGGCAUCAUCGCCGUCAGCGGCUUCCUUCUCCUCGCCUUCAUCGCCUUCGUUGUGAAGAAGCUCUGGUGUGAAAAGUCCAGCAGCAGGAGGAAGAACAGUCGGGACUCGGAGUCAGCUCCCGAAGUUACUAACCACUAUGACACCACUCUGAGGGACCUCAGGGGAAGCAAAACAGCAGGACAUGUACAAGAAAACUACGACACCGUCCUGGAACGCAACAACAGCAGGAGGAGCAGCACAGAUGAAGACAUGUAUGAAAUAUGUGAACCUGGCGCUGAUGAAAGGAGGAGAGACGACCACGGAGAAUACGUGAAUGUGAAGAGGAAGGCUACGGCCAUGUGACCUCCUUCCACUGAUCCUAUUGGCUCUUAGCCUCUAGAUCUUCAAAGUGAAAUUCUUUAACACAAACAUGUCAGUUGUUUUAAGCCUUAAUAAUGUUUAACGACUUGUUUUUAUAGAAAUCAACCUUUUUACUGUAAGAUGUACGAUAACUCGGAUGAGUUGUUGCAGAACUGUGAUAUGGUAUUUUGCUUUCUUGAGCUAAUUCUGAGUUUUCUGUGUCCUCUGCUGAUUAAUAAGUUAUCUUUCCUAACGAGCUUCUGCUUUGACCCUCAUCAUUCCUGGAAAUACCAUCAAAUUAACAUAUUUUCAGAUAAAGUCAAGAAAACAGGUGUAAAACAUGACUCAUGUGAGGGUUAAAGCUGCUGUGAUGUAGUUUGUAGCUAUAAUACAAUUCAGAUUUACAUGUAUUUAUGCAAGUUUUGGAUUAAAGAUAAACAAGAAGCUGAAAAAGAGGAA